AUGGAGGCCAAGAAGGAUAUGUCUUCUGAUAGUGCAAAGGAAAAUGCAUCCGUAGUUGAUUCUUCAGUGACUGAAUGGAAGCAUGACAUAGGAAACUCUGAUGAUCCAGAAAGCCCAAGCUACAAAAGUGAUGAGGAUGGCUAUCCUAUUAUGGCUGAAAAAACAGGUCGUGAUCGGGUGGGAUAUUCAUCUAUAAAAAAAAAGGGUAAAUUGUGUAAUACAAGAUACUUCAUCAUUAAGAGUUUGAACCAUCAUAAUAUCCAACGAUCAAUUGAGAAUGGGAUAUGGGCUACUCAAGUCAGGAAUGAACCAAUUUUGGAAGAAGCCUUUCAUAGUUCUGGUAGAGUCAUUCUAAUAUAUAGUGUCAACAUGAGUGGUUUCUUCCAAGGGUAUGCCCAAAUGUUGUCUUCCGUUGGGUGGAGGCAUGACAAUGUAUGGAGCGAAGGAAGUGGUAAAAGUAAUCCUUGGGGUCGCAGUUUUAAGGUUAAAUGGCUGCGAUUAAAUGACUUACCUUUCCAAAAGACGCUUAAUCUCAAGAAUCCACUGAAUGACUACAAACCUGUUAAAAUUAGCAGAGAUUGCCAGGAACUACCUGAAGAUAUAGGAGAAGCCCUUUGUGAGCUAAUUGAUGGAGAGAGUGACACUGGUGGAAUGGGGAAAAGUUUUCCCAGGGAUGAUCUUCCUAUGAAAAGGCCUUGCAUACAGCCUUCAUGUUACACAGGAGAUGGAGAGUAUACUGUCCCUCCGCUGCAGAUGCCAUGGGCCAGAACACCCGUGCCUUAUCCUUCUUUCCUCUACCAGCAACAUGAUGAAGCAAGUAGAUUUCAUUUAGCACAUCAGGGACCUACUGGUGCUGGUUUAACUGACAGUGCUCUUGGUUCUAGUGUUUCAAAAGUUGCAAGGAUGAAACAGUCUCGAAACUCUACUAAUUUGCGAAUACACUGUGAUGUGUCUUCAAGAACUGGUAUUUGGGGUUUGUCAGCAGAAAGUCCUCUUGCUAGUACUCUGACUGAUGAUGAUUUUCUUGACAUGACAUAUGAAGAGUAUCUGGAAGUCCAUAGCAGGAGCAUCAGGCAAUUAAAUCUCCCUGCAGCUAGACCAUCUCAGACAACACAGGAGCCAUCAAGAAGUAAGAAACAUAAUGAUGAUUUAAACUCUAGUUUCGUAACUGACCAGGGCUGCCCUCGCAAAAGGUCACACUUAUAUCAUUCAUCUGAGAAAUGA